AUCAAAGCUUGACACCAUAUCGGAUGACAGUUCGAUUGUUUUCGUUAGUACUGCGGGAUUCGGCGCCAGAACGGACUGGCCACAAACACUCUGUGCCAUGGCGAAAGCCCACGAUAAAAUAAUCUACGACAUGUACAACCCCACCCGGUGCAACGUGUGCUUCGCGCUAGACGGCUUCCACCCAAGACCACCCAAAACGAGCAUUGUGUGCACUUGCCAACUGGCCGUCUAUUGUAGCCCGGAACACCAAGCGUUAGACAAGCCCAUACAUUCCGAAUUCUGCCAGGCUGUGCUGCGCGUGGUGCGCAGUGCUAUGGUUGACCACAUUCUUGCCGUUGUUCCGGCUCGUUUUCACGAACGGCUGAGCGGCAACGAGAAGCACAAAAUCGUCACUUGCCUGAUGUUUAUCUUAGAAAACCAUUUAAAACGACCGUUGUUCCAUCACGAGGCUGAAAUGCUGAAGUUUACUGUGGCGUGUAAAGUUUGCUUCGAGUAUCACCGGGAACGGCUGAUGUUUUGUGACGACUGUAAGCAGGUUGCUUAUUGCAGCAAGGUGCACCUGGAAGAGGACAGAGAUAACCAUGCGCAAUGGUGCAACGCGUACCGAAUUUCUUCCAUGGUGGAUAACAAGUGUGCUGCAAUCGAUCACGAUGGGUCAAGUAUCACGGCCCUUGACGAAGACGAUCUGAAGGCGUUGCCAUCCAACGCGUUCGAGUUGGCGAGUAAAACCCUACGGCGAACCGUAACAAACCCCAGCGCAGUCAACGGCGAUCCUCUGGAGCCAAACCAGGAAGUGGAGAAUAUUAAAAUCGCCGAGGAGUUCAAUUAUGUCGGUAGCAUCCUAUACACGCUACGGGCUACAAAUGUGGCCGAGGAGAUACAGGACACACUGAAUGUCUUCAUUGUCGGUGCAAAACGAGAAAUCUUGUGGUUCACUAAAGUCCACUGUGCCGCGCUCUUCUUGUAUGUCCCAAAGUUGCGGAAGAUCACGUUGCACUUCAUCGGUCCGCAGCUGUUUAAAAUUGGUGAAUGCACGCUGAAUUACGACGAUGGGCGACACGUGAAGCUCAACUAUUACCCCAAUGUAUAUCACCAGCUAGCGCCGAAUGUUGCGCUCGGUGAUCCGCAUCUAAUUGCAAUUUUCAACUGCGGAUUUCACGAAAACCGGGGAUUCCCGAACGAUACGUGGCCCAUAACGAUCCAGCUUCUGCUCGACAUUCCCAACGUGCCAAUAAUGUUCACGUCGUACACUCACAACGAAGCGCUCGAAGAUCUCACGGUGAUGAUGAGUGAAGCACGUGCAACGGGCUGCCGUGAGCAAGUGACGGUAAUUAAGCGUGGGCUAGUGAAUCCUUUCCGUGGUGGCAUACCGUUAAAAAAUUACGAAACUAUCGAUAGCCCGGAAGAGUUCUUCUACAACAACGGAUAUUUGUCAAUCAUCAAACGGAAGCGAUCGUAAGGAAGCAACAUUUUGAAGUACAAUUUUAUGUCUAUGGCCAUCGUAACUAUCUUUAUAAGGGCGUGUUUUGCUCCCCAAUCUUUUGGUAUUGGUUUACCAUUUCAAUCCAGUUUAGAAUAAUGUACAACCUAACGGUGCCAUUUGAAGACCGAUCCUUACGAUUAUGAGAAGAUCCACGAUGCCAUUUUUGUGGCUGCACAUUUCAUUACAACUCUUUAUGUAUUUUUUAAGUUUUGGAAAAACUUUAUACAAAAGAAGCAUUUGAAUUAGUGGCUAAUGCCAAGUAUAGCACAUACGGAUUAUUUACAUGCGCUUAUGUUGAGGGUUUAAGCUCUACACAAGAAUCUACCUAAACAAAGGGAAAACUGAGAAUCUUACAUCACGAAUUUAUUUCUAUACAAAUGUUUUCACUAUAGUGAGUGCUAAUGUACCUCGGAACUAUACAAUUUUCAAUAAAACGUACAA